AUGGCACCUCUCACAGAGGUCGAGUCCGAAGCCGGCUUUGAUCAGAUCCUCAAGACCGUCCCCCCCUCGACCCUCGUUGUUCUGUACUUCCACACUCCCUGGGCGGCUCCAUGUGCGCAGAUGAACACUAUCCUUACCACACUCGCCUCCACAUAUCCCGCCGAUGCCGACAUUCGGUUCCUCUCCAUCAACGCCGAAGAACUCGCCGACGUCUCAGAGUCUUACGAUGUGACGGCCGUGCCGUUCCUCGUCCUACAAAAGGAUGGAAAGGUCCUCGAGACUGUGAGCGGCAGUGAUGCAGGCAAGGUCCGCGCCGCGGUUGAGAAAUACACCGGAACUGGCAGUGGCGCUGGUAAAGAUGGCAUUCCACCACCUCUACAAGCCACUCCGCAGCAGCCAAACGGCCAUGCUGCACCGAGGUCUUCGAAUCCCCCCACCGCGCCGGUAGACUCGUCAAGCCAGGAAUCGAGGGAAGAGUUGAACGAGAGGCUCGCCAAGUUGGUUAAAGCUGCACCGGUUAUGCUGUUCAUGAAAGGCACCCCCAGCGCUCCGCAGUGCGGGUUCAGUCGACAGCUGGUUAGCAUCCUGCGAGAGAACCAAGUCAAGUAUGGGUUCUUCAAUAUCCUCGCCGACAACGACGUCCGUGAGGGCCUCAAGGUCUUCUCGGACUGGCCUACGUUCCCGCAGCUCUAUACCAAUGGCGAACUAAUCGGUGGGCUGGACAUUGUCCGAGAAGAGUUAGAGGCCGACCCGGACUUUUUCAAACCUUUUGCCGCGCCUACAGCUGCAAGCUCCUAG